ACGAUAAUGCGCUUUACUUGCGCAGUUACCGCAUGGGCUCUUGGGGAAGCCAGAAGUCGUGAAUGAGAACAGCUAUAUUUUGAGUCUGUUGUGUUUUUGUUGUGACAGGCUGAUUUCAGUGAUCAUAUAGAGUGCAUGGGAAAUGCCACCCAAAGGAAAGGGUGGUAAGGGUGGCAAAGGGGGUGGUGGUGGAGGUGGUGCUUCUGGCAGUGGUGACACGGAAAAGAAAGAGAAAGCUCAGAAAGGAGGCACUGCUGUCAAGGUCCGUCAUAUUCUUUGUGAAAAACAUGGAAAAUGUAUGGAAGCUAUGGAAAAAUUGAAAUCCGGUGUACGCUUCAGUGAAGUUGCUACACAAUACAGUGAAGACAAAGCCAGACAAGGGGGUGACCUGGGCUGGAUGACAAGAGGAUCGAUGGUGGGCCCGUUCCAGGAGGCUGCCUUUGCCUUAGCAGUUAGCACAAUGGACAAACCUGUGUACACAGAUCCACCUGUCAAGACGAAAUUUGGCUAUCACAUUAUCAUGGUCGAGGGCAAGAAGUGACCAAGCCUACAUCGAGUGUGCGGAGUUCAGUCAUUAUGUGUUAAAGCUCUAACAGUGCCCCAAUUCUUAACAUUUGAUUUAAGAGUUUAUGGUAGGUUUUGUUCAAGAUUUUGUUCAGAGUUGCUGUAACAACCAGUAAAAAAUAAAAUACUGUCAUGUAAUUGUU